GCGCGAGCGCAGUGUGUUUUCAGCGAAUCAGGGACAAAGGCUAUAUUUUCUGCGCAUCUGAAAAACAUGGCAUCGCUGAAAGAAAUUGUAAUCAUGUACCAAAGUUUAAAAAGAGAAUGGGAUAAGAAACCACCAAACUUAGAUCGAUGUGGUGAUUUUCUAACAAAAUUAAAGAUCGCUUUAACAGGAGUGACUUUUUUACCAACAGAUGAGAGCUCACCAUCUAAACAAGAACUUUUGGUUGCAAGAGAUAUCCUAGAAAUUGGUGCACAGUGGGCCAUCGUAAAGCGAGAUAUCCCAGUGUUUGAGCGAUACAUGGCGCAGUUAAAGUGCUAUUACAUGGACUACAAAGAUAACCUCCCUGAGUCUACUUACAAAUACCAGCUACUAGGUCUGAAUCUCCUCUGUCUGUUGGCUCAAAACAGACUGGCAGAAUUUCACACCGAACUAGAACUAUUACCAGUAAAAGAAUUACAAAAUAAUAUUUACAUCAAACAUCCUGUCUCAAUGGAGCAAUAUUUGAUGGAAGGCAGCUACAACAAGGUGUUUCUUGCAAAGGGAAAUGUUCCAGCAGAGAACUACAACUUUUUCAUUGACAUUCUUUUGGAUACAAUAAGAAAUGAGAUAGCGAGUUGUAUAGAGAAAGCCUAUGAGAAAAUUGCACUUAAUGAAGCAGCUAGAAUGCUCUUCUUUGAAAACGCAAAACCAAUGAAAGAUUAUGCUGUUCAGAGAGGAUGGACCUUGCCUCCAGAUGGAUUCUUCCAUUUUCAGUGUGAGAAGAAGGAUACGGAUGAAGUGAUUCCCGCCAAGAUGCUGGCAGAACAGACCAUAGAAUACGCCAGAGAACUAGAGAUGAUUGUGUAGUGGUCUUAGUCUUCAUUUCACCUGUUCAUGGAUGAAAACUGACAGAUUUGAUUCUGGACUCGUGACUGUGAUUGACGCUCAGAGGAAUCAAAUUCUGUAUACUCUUAUCAUAAUACAUGUGUAAUGAAAGCUGACGUUGUAUUCGUGUGGCAGUUAGUUGUCUUCCUGUUAUGCAAGGAAAAGAAGUUGGACGUGUCA